AUGGCGGGAUCAUCACAUAAUACGUAUUCCAGGUCUCCGAUACCUUCUACGUCGUCUUACGACUCUUCCUCUGUCUCCUCCGCAGCAUCGCCUCGAAAUCAAGGAGUAUACGAAGGAGGCCUUAUGGGCGCCUCAACUAGACCGAUGAGCGGCCAACAUCCUCAACACGCCAAUUUACCAUUAAUUCACAGCGGAUUUCAAAACCCCUACAGCUCGGGAGCAACUUCUCCAGGACCACCAGGAAUGGACUCAAUGGCUGCUUCUACGAGAUCCUCGAGUGGUACUCCUGGUCCCUCUGGGUCACAAAUGUCGUCUGCAAAUUUGCAGGCGCAGAAAAGGGCCUAUCGACAGAGGAGGAAAGAUCCGAGCUGUGAUGCUUGCCGCGAACGCAAGGUGAAAUGCGAUGCGACAGAAACAACGAGCUGCUCUGAAUGCUCGAGUCGGAAUGUAAAAUGCCAGUUCACCAAAGAGACCAAUCGACGGAUGUCAUCUAUCAAGCAAGUGCAAGAUCUGGAAAAGCAAAUCUCACAAGUCAAGAGAGAGAACUCUCAACUGCGGUCCAUGUUGAACAUGAGAGAUAGUCAAAUGGAUACAGAUAAUGAGGGCCCAGCGCAAGCCACUUUGCAAUUACCUGAAAUCGGUUCCCACCCAAAGAGGAAGCAACGGCCGCCGCCACCCCAUGACCUUGCGCGAGUUCGAUCGAAUAUUCGGAAUUUUGGCCGAGGGAUUUUCAAGCCACCUGCGCCUUACCGUCAAAUCGGAUCACAAGGACCUUUCAAUCACCCUCGUCCGGACCUACCACCGAAACUCAUGGCAGACCACAUCCUCGGUUCGUAUUAUGCAUCCAUGCAUAUGAUCAUUCCUAUUCUACAUUGGCCAACCUUCGAGCAAGAAUAUGAGGCUGUAUAUAAAGCUGGGAGUCUGCAUGGUGUGCCGCCAGUAUGGGCUUCCCUUUUCUUCUCUGUCUUGGCAGUUGGGGUGCUCUUCAGUUCAGAUCCGAGCAUACGUCGUCCGCAAAAAGGGAAAGAGUUUAUCGAGAUAUCGCACAUGUUGACCGACUUGUGGAAUGACGAAUUUGUCAUUGACCAUGCGCGAGGAGCAAUAUUGACGAGCAUUUUCCUUACUGAGUUGAAUCUCAAGUCGGCAGCUUGGACAUGGCUUGCAUCAGCUGUCCGGAUAUCUCAAGAUAUUGGUCUUCACUCUGAAACUGGUCCAUGGCCUAUGAUCGAAGGAGAAAUGCGGAGAAGAGUUUGGUGGGGAAUCUAUGUUUGGGACCGGCACAUGUCCCUUGAGCUUGGCCGGCCUCUCCUGAUCGAAGAUGCAGACUGCGACGUCAGUCUUCCAGCAGCUAUCGACGAUCACUAUAUCCACGAUGCUGGUAUGCUAGUCCCAAAUGGUGUUUCUCCUCUCACCAAUUUCAUUCUUCCCAUUAUCCACGUCGUACGUGCGGUGUCCCAACUCAUCAAGACGUUAAAAUCACCCGUCAUCUCUUCCUCAACCCUCGCAACCUUCGAUACGCACUUCUCCUCUUGCAUGUCUUCCUUUCCACCAGCCUGCCAGCUUACUGCAACCCAGCCGCUGAACCCUCGUAUGCUUGCGCCAAUCUGCCACCUCAUGAACGCACGCCUUGUCCUUCAUCGCCAUAACCUUACAACUUCCUGCCCACCUGAGAUCCGUGCAAAUGCAAUAGAGCAGUGCAUCAGAACAUCUUUGGACUCCGCAAACCUGUUCGCGCGGGCCACGGCUUCAUCAGCGUCUUUGCAUCCCGCAAACCCCCCUUUUGGCCCGACGGCCAACGCGAUGACAUGUACGCAUAUAUGGCGCUGUACAUUAUUCCUCCUUUUCGGCGGUCACUUCGACGCAGCUCUCACCUGCAUCCGCGCAUCAGCUAACGUCGCCACACUCCGAGACGUCAACGUCGCAUGUGGACGCAACGUAGCCUUCUUCCUCGGAGUGCUCAUUGAGAAGCGGCGUGCGGGCGGGAUGGCAGGCAGUCGAGGAUACCGCGGCGAGCCAGAGAUGGACGAAGAGAUACUGGCGUAUGUCUCCGGCGACCUGCAAGCGAGCACGGAGAAUAGCUGGGUGUGGGCUGGUAGUGAGACGGGGAUGAAUAUCACGGCGAAUAGUGGUGCGGUUGGACCAAGUGCCACGCUGAUGAGCGGUGGUAGGGAGGAGGGAACGACGAUCUUGACGGAUGUAGAGGCACGAGAUUGGGGUGGGUGGGAGAGAGUCGAGUAUCUGGUUGGUGUUCUGGCGAGGGAGCAGGGCGGCUAUGGGCAUCCCUUGCCUCCUAGGUAUGGCGGUCCUCCUGGUAGCGGUUCUACAGGUCCAGAACGAGAUCAGAGGAACGAACGGAUGAGCAUUACAAGCAUCAUAUGA